UCUUGACGUCCGCAAGGACUCACUCUCCUCACACACCCAGGAACAGAAGACAAAAGUAGAGAAAACCGAGAGGGAAAGAGAGAAAGAGAGAAAGAGAGAAAGAGAGAGAGAUUACAAAAAAAAAAAAAAAAAGGGGAGACGACCAACUCAGAAGUUCUCUGAGCUGGAUCGGAUACACAAAGCUCCAGAGAGAAGACUAUUUCAAUGGAGAGGGAUGUAAGGGAAGAAGAACCCUAGAGAAGAAAAGAGAAAGAGUAAUAAUAAAAAGCUACUGAAGAAGAAGAAGAAGAAGAAGAAGAAGAAGAAGAAGAAGACGAAGACAGACAGAAGAAUCAUUUUUUUAUCUUCAAGGAGUUUGUUUUGUGGUUCCAUUUGAUCGAACUAUUCAGAGCUUCAGACUGUCACUGCGAAUUCUAACUCAUACGGGAGUAAUCGGCUUGGGGGUUCUCAGGUGCUGCAUUUGAUGGUGGAAGACUGAAGUUUUCUGUUUUGCUUCUAUUCGGGAAGGGAGAAUGCAUUUUUGUAUGAUGCCACAUAAUUUUAUCUGUAAAUCAUACAGAGAAUUGGGUCAUUGCCCUAGAAACUCCCACUUUCGCAGAACUUGUGGAACGCAAGAAUGUUCAGAAUCAAUGCUUGUCGCUUGGUUUUAGUUAUCCAUUUUCUUCCUCCGGUGUUCAUCACUGUUAGACAACAUGUGUUUGGAAAGAGAACUGUUUCACGUUGUGUGCAAAUGAGAACUGUGUGGUCUCAAGCUCUGGAUUUUAAGGGUUAAUACGUCUGCUGGGUUUUUAAUCUGUGCCUUUUAGCUUAGUUGCUGCUCCUUUGGAUCUCGUGGUGUUAGAGUUUGUACUUCAUGCGGUUAUAGUAAAAUUUCUCAACUCUGUUGUAUAGUCUGUAGCUUGUACUAUUGGGAAGAUGGUACCCUCGGGGCCUCCGACUCCUGUCGGUGGUGCCCAAUCCGUCCCACCUUCAUUCCUUCGAUCAAACUCUGGCAUUCUAGGAGUUCAAGGUGGUGCGGUUCCUUCACCAACCGGGUUUCCUUCAGUUAUCUCUCCACGUAAUCAGUAUAGCAGCAUGAACAUGGUCAAUAACAUGCCCAAUGUUUCCUCUCUUCUCAAUCAAUCCUUUGGGAAUGGUGGGUCAAACUCUGGGCUUUCUGGUUCGGGAAGUAUACAACGUGGAGGUGCUGAAACUGGCGCUGAGUCUGAUCCACUUUCUGGUGCUGGUAAUGGAAUGAACUUCACUCCUUCAGCUGUCUCAUUUGCACCAUCCAACACUGCGAACAUUGGUUCAACUGGUCAAGGUCAGGGGCAGCAAUUCUCAAACCAAUCUGGGAACCAGCUGGCCCCCGAGCAGCAGUCAUCUCAACAACUUGACCAGAAAAGCUUCCAGCAUGGCCAGCAGUCGUUGCAGCAGUUCUCUGUUCCUCACAGCCAACAGCAACAGCAAUUCCAGCCUACUCGAGGUGGAUUGGGCAGUGUUGGCCCUGUUAAAUUGGAGCCUCAGAUGGCUAAUGAUCAAAAUGGGCAGCAGCAACAGUUGCAGUCCUUGCGGAGUCUCAGUUCAGUGAAAUUGGAGCCUCAACAAAUCCAGAAUUUGAGAAAUCUAGGGCCUGUUAAAUUAGAACCACAACAUUCAGAUCAGUCGUCGUUUCUUCAGCAGCAACAGCAGCAACAACAAAUCCUCCAAAUGUCCAGGCAGUCUUCUCAGGCUGCUGCUCAAAUGAAUCUUUUUCAACAGCAGCGCAUCCUGCAGCUACAACAACAGCAGCAGCAGCAGCCACAACAAGUCUUAAAGGCACUUCCUCAGCAGCGUUCUCAGUUACAGCAGCAGUUUCAACAGCAGCCUGUGAGAUCUCCAGUUAAACCUGCCUAUGAACCUGGGACAUGUGCUCGCCGUUUGACGCAUUAUAUGUAUCAUCAACAACACAGGCCUGCUGACAACAAUAUUGAGUUCUGGAGGAAAUUUGUGGCGGAGUACUUUGCCCCCAAUGCCAAGAAGAGGUGGUGUGUCUCUCUAUAUGGAAGUGGUCGGCAAACAACUGGUGUUUUCCCUCAGGAUGUAUGGCACUGUGAAAUAUGCAAUCGCAAGCCUGGACGGGGUUUUGAAACUACGGUUGAAGUUUUGCCCAGGCUGUGCAAAAUAAAGUAUGAUAGUGGUACUCUGGAAGAACUUCUUUACGUUGAUAUGCCUCGUGAAUAUCAGAAUGCAACAGGGCAAAUAGUCCUUGACUAUGCAAAAGCAAUACAAGAAAGUGUAUUUGAACAACUGCGUGUGGUUCGUGAUGGUCAGCUAAGAAUUGUGUUCUCACCUGAUCUAAAGAUUUGUUCUUGGGAGUUUUGUGCUCGGCGUCAUGAGGAGCUCAUUCCUCGAAGAUUGAUCAUACCUCAGGUUAGUCAACUUGGAGCAGCAGCUCAGAAAUACCAGGCUGCUACCCAAAAUGGAUCAUCCAAUCUUUCUGCUCAGGAGUUACAAAAUAACUGUAAUAUGUUUGUGGCAUCUGCUCGCCAAUUGGCAAAAGCUUUGGAGGUGCCUUUAGUAAAUGAUCUAGGAUAUACAAAGAGAUAUGUGCGAUGUCUUCAGAUAUCGGAAGUCGUUAACAGCAUGAAAGAUUUGAUUGAUUAUAGCCGAGAAACAGGGACUGGACCUAUGGCAAGUUUGAUCAACUUCCCUCGGAGGACCAGCAGUUCAUCUGGGCUCCACAUUCAGGGUCAACAACCUGACGAGCAGCAGCAGCAACAUACCGUAGUGCAAAACUCAAACAAUGAUCAAGGCCCUGUUCAGGCUGCUGCUGGUGUGCAGCUCAAUGCUAACAAUGGUGUUGUCAGUGUAAAUAACUCCCUCAACUCAGCAUCUACUUCCACAUCUGCAAGCACCAUUGUUGGGUUACUCCACCAGAACUCCAUGAAAUCAAGGCAGGAAAACACAAUGUCUAAUGUUAACAGUCCAUAUGGUGGGAAUACGGUUCAGAUUUCAUCUGCAGGCUCCUCGAGUUCAAUACCACAGGCUCAAAUGAAUCCAUCAUCCCCAUUUCCAUCACCAACACCUUCGUCUAACAAUCCUCAGAAUUCUCAUAGUGCCUUACCACCACCAGCAGCAGCAGCAGCAGCAGCAGCAGCGCACACAGCGAACCAGAUGAGUACUGCAAAUUCACCAGCGGCAAUGCAGCAGCCAACUCAGUCCAGUGAGGCUGACCCAAAUGAUUCCCAGAGUUCUGUCCAGCAGAUAAUACAAGAAAUGAUGAUGUCUCCUCAGCUAAAUGGUGGGGGUAGCAUGGUUGGUGUUGGGUCCUUGGGGAAUGACAUCAAAAGCAUUAAUGGGAUCACACAGAUAGGCAGUAACACAGUUCUUAAUGGAGGGAACUGCUUGGUUGGAAAUGGGAUUGCCAACAGUGCAGGCCUUGGCAGUGUGGGAUAUGGUAACAUGGGUGUUGGAAUUGGUCCAUCUGCCACGGCUAGUGGUAUGAGAGUUGCGAUGGGCAACAACUCCAUGACAUUGAAUGGGCGGGUUGGCAUGCCAUCAAUGCCUCAGGACCCUGGCAUGAAUCACCACCAAAAUUUGGGGAACCGGCUAUUAAGUGGGCUUGGUGCGGUAAACAGCUUCAAUAAUCUCCAAUUUGAUUGGAAAUCAUCCCCAUAGAAAGGCUUGUUGAUGAUGUGUGUUCAUAAUGAUGCUGCUGGAGCUGUCAGAGACUCGGAUAUAUCUGGAUUGCUUGCAUUGUCACAUGGUAGUCCAGCAUACAACAGCUUCCUCUUCUGUGCUAAUUUCAGGAAAGGAAAACAGCGUCCAUUGAAAGGCUGUAAUCCGCAUCAGCUUGGCUCUCUUUUCCUUCCCUCCCCUCCCCCUGGGUCACCUAUAUGUGAGGAGCGUUACUGCUGGGAAGUCCGUGUGUACUUUAUGGUUGCAUAUAGAAGCUUUUCACAUAUAGAAGCUUUUCACUACUAACACCCCUAAAAAUGGGGAAUCAUCGAGGUCUCAUUCUUUGGGAUGUGCAUUGUGUGUCUUAUACUGUAAUUUUCAUACUAUACCUUCCUGUAGCGGUUUUGUACCGCAAAAGUGCCCAUUGUGUAUCUCCCAACCCCCUGGUAGAAGAUUCUCGUGAUGUCUUUCUUUAACAAGACGGAAGGGUAAAUUUGAUUGCGUCCAAGGGCAGUAUAGAGAGGUAGCCUAGAUAUGGCUCCAAGAUCAUGGACAUCUGAAUGGGUUCAAGAUGUGGAAGUUGAAGAUAAAAAAGCUUUCUUGAUUCUGUUUUUCUUC